AUGGCUGAAGCACCAUCACCACCACCACAGCCUCUUCCUUUCGAGAAUGAAACAGUUAAGGUUUGCACGACUUUUCCGCCAAGGGUAAAUUCCGUCGGUAUAUGGGAAAACCCAACUUCUCCAUUGGAAAUUUUUAGGUAUUCGUUACCGCUUCUGGAGAUAGAGAUGCUGGUGGUGUUCUUCGUCACACGUCUCAUAUAUUUCAUCCUCAAGCCUCUUGGAGUCACCUUGUUUGCCUCACAAAUGUUUGCGGGCAUGAUGUUGGGACCUGCGGUGCUUGGGAGAGUCCAUGACAAAAUGUUUACUAAGGAAUUAGGUAUUGGAAUCAUGGAUACAGCAGCAACGUUUGGUUUCGGCAUGUUUUUGUUUGUGAUGGGAGUGAAAAUGGACUUCAAGAUGGCAUUUAGGACAACAAGGAGAGCCACAGUGAUAGUGUGCCUUCUGAGCGAGCUCAAGAUUGUAAAUUCAGAAUUGGGACGACUGGCUCUAUCAUCGGCAUCCAUAAGUGAUUUUAGCAGUUUAUUUCUAAUUUACAUCACAUCCUUGGUAAAACUUUGGGUUGAGUCACCGGCAUCCAUGGUACAACAUGUAGUAAUAAUGCUUCUUUUCAUCGUUGUUGUUUUUUGGGGGUUUCGUCAAUCGAUGUUUUGGAUGAUUAAAGUGACACCUGAAGGAAGGCCAAUCAAGGGAGCACACAUUGUAAUCAUCAUGAUGUUAGCUUUAUGGUGCGGUAUAUUUACCCAUUGGCACAAUGAAUCUCCUUUACUCGGGAUUUUUCUCUUCGGUUGUGCUGUCCCCGACGGACCACCGUUAGGAUCUGCCCUGGUAGAAAAGUUUGAAUGUUUCGUCAAUGGUGCCUUUCUAGCCAUCUACGUAACCACAAGAACAAUGAGAGUUGAUCCAAUUGCGACGGUUUCUGAUCCCAUUGCACGCAAGUUUUCUAUCAUUUUUCCAAUCUUGACAUUCCUUGCCAAGUUCAUAUUCUGUUUUGUCGCUUCAUUUUGGAAACUGAUGCCAUUGAGGGACUCGUUGGCUUUCGCUCUCAUUAUGUGUAGCAAAGGCGUGGUGGAGCUCGCGUAUUUCUCCAGUUUCAGAGACAAUCAGAUGGUUUCAAAUGAGACUUUUAGUGUGUUGGUCCUUUUCAUUCUAGUAAAGGCAACUAUAAUCCCAAUUCUGGUGAAGUACCUUUACGACCCUAUUUCCAGAAAAUAUAUAGGCUAUCAGACAAGAAACUUGAUGUACUUAAAACCCAAUGCAGAGCUACGAAUUCUCGCAUGUAUCCAUAGACCUGAACAUGUUCAAGCCUUGAUAGAUGUGCUGGAUAUCACAUACCCUACAAAAGAGAGUCCUAAUUUUGUCUACGCCCUUCACCUCAUCCAACUUACAGGUCGUGCUUCUCCCGUCUUUAUAGCUCACCAUGAAAACCCGACGGUGGAUUCCUUUGAAAACAUUGUUGCUUUCAAUCAUUAUCAACAAAACAAUUGGGGUCUGGUCAAAGUAAAUGCAUUCACAGCAAUUUCUCCACCUAAACUCAUGCAUGAGGAUAUCUUCAAUAUGGUCCUCGAGAACCAUAUAUCCUUCAUACUUGUUCCAUUCCAUAGAAAAUGGUGUAUUGAAGGAUAUUUUGAAGCUGAAAACAAUGUGAUAAGGAACCUGAAUCGCAACGUCCUGGAUCAAGUCCCUUGCUCUAUAGGGAUUCUUGUUGACCGCAGGAGAAAACUGUCAUCGUCCAGGUUAUCCUCCUACUUCGUUGGCAUGCUCUUCAUAGGCGGCAAAGAUGACCGAGAAGCUUUAACACUAGCCAAUCGCAUGGCCCGUCACCCUAGAGUGAAGCUCACCGUCAUCCAUCUCUGUUCUGAAAAAGACCAUGGCAAUGUCAAGGACUGGGACGCAAUGCUUGAUGCUGAGAUUUUGAAAGGUAUUAAGCUAAUUGAAGUUGGUAACAUCAAGUAUAUGGGACAAGUUUCCAACAACGGAAUGCAAACCGCCACGACCAUUCGGUCACUUGUGGAUGACUUUGACUUGAUGAUCGUAGGUAGACGUUACGGGGUGGAUUCGGUCCAAACAAAGGGUUUAACGGAAUGGAGUGAAUUCCCAGAACUCGGGGUUAUAGGAGACAUCCUUUCAUCCCCAGAUUUAGAUACUAGAGCAUCUGUACUGGUUGUGCAACAACAUGUUGGUAGACAUUAA